UCUAUUCGACUAAAAUAUUAGAAAAACUACAACAACCAAGAAGCUAAGCUGUGUGUUUGUAUCACUGCCUGCCGAUGCAUCGAUGACAGUCGGAGGAUGGAGGCAGUUUUAGCCAAGUAUGAAAACCAAAUAAACGUGUUCUCUGAGUUCUUGGAGGACUUGCCCGACACCGAAGAGCCCGUGUGGGUCCUCGGGAAGAGUUACAAUGUUAAGACAGAGAGAGCAGAGAUGCUGUCAGACAUCCAGUCACGCCUCUGGUUCAGUUACAGGAAGAAGUUCUGCCCCAUAGGAGGGACCGGGCCCUCAUCAGAUGCAGGCUGGGGAUGCAUGCUGCGCUGCGGUCAGAUGAUCCUGGCUCAGGCCCUACUCUGCUCACACCUGGGUAGAGCGUGGAGAUGGAGGGGGGAGAGGGAACAGCCAGAAGACUACACCCGCAUCCUGCACUGCUUCCUGGACAAGAAGGAUUGCUGCUACUCCAUCCAUCAGAUGGCCCAGAUGGGGGUAGGAGAGGGCAAGUCUGUAGGAGAGUGGUAUGGACCCAACACUGUGGCACAGGUGCUCAAGAAACUGGUGCUGUUUGAUGACUGGAACUCUCUGGCCGUCUAUGUGUCAAUGGACAACACUGUGGUGAUUGAAGACAUCAAGAAGCAGUGUCUACAGACAGGAAGCGGCAGCAGGCUCCGCCCUUCCUGUGGUUGGGGGGAGGUGUUCCCCCCUGCUGACUCCCCUAGCAACGCCCCUGACCACAUUUGUUUCUACACAGCGGGAAAACAAGGCUCUGUCUGCCCUCACUCACACACACACCAUCAGACCCAUGCACACACACACUCUCAACCCCACACACACUCUCAACAUAAGACCCACACACACAGACAUUCACAACCCCCCACACACACGCACUUCCAGCCUCACACACACACUCACCAUGAGCCCCACACACACAAACCCUCCCAGCCUCACACACACCCACACUCCCAGCCCCACACCCCACACUGGAAGCCCCUGCUGCUGGUGAUCCCUCUGCGUAUGGGCAUCAACAACAUCAACCCUGUCUACAUACAGGCCCUUAAGGAGUGCUUCAAGAUGCCCCAGUCCUGUGGUGUUCUGGGGGGCAAGCCCAACCUGGCCUACUACUUUAUAGGCAGCCUAGGAGAGGAGCUGCUGUACCUUGACCCCCACACUACGCAAACCACAGUGGAGACGGAGCCAGGCGUUGCCAUGGACGACCACAGCUACCACUGGACCAGGACGCCUCGACGCAUGAAGAUCACCAGCCUGGACCCUUCGGUUUCCCUGGGUUUCUUCUGUCAGAGCGAGGAGGACUUUGACAGCUGGUGCUAUCUGGUCCAGCAGGAGAUCUUGAAGAAGAGGAGUCAGCGCAUGUUUGAGCUGGUGGAGAACCAUCCUCCUCAUUGGCCACCUUUCGUCCCGCCCACAAAACCUGAGGUCCAUACCACCGGUGCAGAGUUCAUCGAGUCGCCUGACCAGCUGUUUGAGUCUGAGGAGGAGUUUGAGAUCCUGAACGUGUGAGCUGCUCCUUACAGACCAACAGAGGGCGCCGUGCUACACAGCUGUCCUGCCUCCGCUCUGCUCUGCUAUACUCUAGUGUACUCCGCUCUGCUCUAAUGUGCUCUGCUAUUCUCUCCUCUAGUGUGCUCUGCUCUGCUCUAAUGUGCUCUGCUAUUCUCUCCUCUAGUGUGCUCUGCUCUGCUCUACUAGACUCUUCUUUAGUCUGUCUUGCUUCGCUCUGCUCUGUUCUACUAUUCUUUACUGUACUCUGCUUUACUCUCCUCUGCUCUACUCUGCUACACAGACGAAGUGCCUCAGAAUCACACCAAGCACAAGUUACUCACCGUUCUGCAAAAACACUCUAUUUUACACACACACACACACACACACACACACACACACACACACACACACACACACACACACAAUCAGGACUCAGCCUGGCCACCAGGAUAAAGAGACUUCAGAACAAACUACCUGUGUCGAGCAGUUCACAUCCUACACAGCGGCAUUCCACCCCAGCUUGUCACCACUCUGUCUCACCUUGAUGAUGUCACUGGGAACCCGAGGUGGGGGUCACGGCCGCUUCCUGGUGAUUGGCGGCUCUGGACGCCACGGAAACCGCCUUGUCCGACGGUCAACAGGGCUGUGCGUGUUGUCACAGUAGCCGCAGCUGUCGUUGUGGAGGCUGGGAGGUCCAGAGGUCGGAGAAGGACUAAUGUUCAUCAGUGUUAAAAACUCACAACAGGAACACCAAGAGUUUGCUAUCAAUAAGAAAAGUGCCUCUGAGUGUGUGUUUCUGUAUAUCUGUUUUGUGAGGGGACCUCUCCUCCGACUACAUUGUACAUGUCUGAUAAAUAAAGAUGUUUGAACACAC